AAAAGCUCGAGGAAGCAGGCCCUGGCAAGCAUGACCGCCGUCAAUUCUAAAGACAAGAUGCCUACCAAGCCCCUCAUCAACCUCCUCCGCGGUUGGCCGUCAACUUCCCUUUUGCCAACUCAUCUCAUGCAAAGGGCCACCGACAGUCUCUUGUCUAACAAGAAAGAGGCUAUCCCUGGAAUGCUUUAUGGCCCUGACGAAGGAGAUCCGCGGCUGAGAGAAAACGUAGCGUCAUGGCUUACGACAUUCUAUAAGCCCCAAAAACCUAUUACCCCGGAAAGAAUCACGAUCACCGGAGGCGCAUCGCAGAGUCUAGCAUGUCUGCUGCAGACAUUCUCCGACCCCAUUUUCACGCGCAAUAUCUGGCUCGUGGCCCCUGCUUACAUGUUAGCGUUUCGUAUAUUCGAAGACAGCGGAUUUCAUGGGAAACUUAGAGCAGUUCCAGAAGACGAAGAAGGUAUUGAUAUCGCAUAUCUCCGUCAGGAGCUACGGAAGAGCGAAGAGAAAGCGCGCGCUGAUGGAAACAACUCACCUAAACUCAAGCCACCACGACUAUGGAGCAAGACCUAUCGCCACUUCAUUUAUGCCGUGCCAACCUUCUCCAACCCCUCGUCCAAGACGAUGUCACUUCGACGUCGAGAAGACUUAGUUCGAGUGGCAAGGGAGUUUGACGCCCUCGUUGUCACCGACGAUGUCUACGACAUGCUUUGCUGGCGGAAAGACCCUCAGCCUUCGAGUCUUGACGAAGCUGUCCCCCCUAGGCUGGUAGAUGUCGAUCGUUACCUCGACGGCGGUUCCGAGAGAGAAGGCGCUGAUGGGUUCGGCAAUACGGCCAGCAACAUGACUGUGUCGAAGAUAGCAGGUCCAGGCCUGAGGACUGGUUUUGUGGAAGGAACCGAGAAGCUGGCAUACGGAGUCUCCCAAACAGGAUCUUCGAGGUCUGGAGGUGCACCGUCCCAGCUUACUGCAUGUUUUGUCGCGGAAACACUGCAAUCUGGAGAGCUUCAGGAAUACGUAGGUACGCUGCAACCGGCAUAUGCUUCCCGCUGGCGAAGCAUGAUGGCAGCCAUCGAGGCUGAGCUCCUGCCACUCGGUGUGACAAUGCCGCAGCCAGACCGAGAUGUAGUCGGUGGCUACUUCAUCUGGCUCACGCUGCCAUCGGCACUGAAUGGAACGGCUGUCGCACAGCGGGCGAAAGAGCAGGAAAACUUGAUCGUGGCACAAGGCGAGCUCUUCGAAGUGCCCGGCGAUACUAGCCACCCCAAGACCAGAUUCACCCACGAUCUGAGACUCUGUUUCGCAUGGGAGGAUGAAGCUGUGCUGGGCGAAGGAGUGCACAGGCUAGCAAAUGUGAUCCGCUCGAUGCAGACUGGCGACAGUGAAGGGUUGAAGAGGAUGCAACCUCCGGCGGACGCGGACUCGAGCAGGAAGGACGCUCCAGCAGGCGCGCCGAGUAGCUUCUGGUGAUGAUCUCUGUAGGUCUACCGUGGCCCUCGAAGGUGGAACCGUCUUCGAAGGAUUCCAAUAUAGACAGGUUCUAGACAGCUCCUUGUAGCACAAAAGCACUCAACGCGGCGAAUCAUGCACAAUGAAAUUCAGCAUUUACUUUAUUCAGCCAGUGGCAGCAGGCCACGC